UCGGACCAUCACAAAUCGCCCGAUUCGGCUCCAUAAUAGGCUACACUAUGCGCCAUGCCGAUCCCGCCGUGUCCGGCCAGCCAUGUCCUGUACGACCGUGCAAGGUGGACUCGAGUCUCUUGGCUGGCUGAUCGCACUCAGCAAUCUUACUUUGCAGCAGUCAGGGUGCGACUGCCGUCUCCAUCCCGGAUCCGGGAGAGUAUAUAAGGGAUGCUGGCUGGCCCCGCGACCAGUCAACCAGCCAUACAGCUUCCUACCUACCCUCUCCCGUCCAUUCCAGGUUGACGGUUCUUCAUCAUGGCCCCCAAAUCGGUCUUCUACUCUCUCUUCGCCUCCCUCUCUCUGGCUCUGGCCGCCGCCACCCCAGAACCUGACUUCGAGACCAUCGUCGUCGGUGGCGGCCCCGCCGGAUUGAGUGCCCUGAGCGGACUGUCGCGGGUGAGGCGCUCGGCGGCCUUGUUCGACUCGCACGAAUACCGCAAUGACCCCACGCGCAACAUGCACGAUGUGAUCGGGAAUGAUGGCACCGUUCCCAGCGAAUUCCGCGGCCUCGCCCGCGAUCAAAUCACCACCAACUACAACGAGACGGCCACCUUCAUCGACCAGAAGAUCAAGACAAUCGAGCCCAUCUCCAUUCCCAAAGACGGCGACGCCACCGACACCCUCUUCAAAGCCACCGAUGCCACCGGCAAAGAGUACUACGCCAAGAAGGUCGUCCUAGCCACCGGCAUGAUCGACAUCCUGCCCAACACCCCAGGCCUCGAAGAAGCCUGGGGCAAGGGCGUCUACUGGUGCCCCUGGUGCGACGGCUUCGAGCACCGCGACCAGCCCUUCGGCAUCCUCGGCCCCCUCCCAGACUCCCUAGCCAGCGUCAACGAGAUCUGGACCCUCAACAAGGACAUCGUCGUCUACCUCAACGGCACGCAGACCCCCGAAGCCGAAGCCGCCAUCGCCAAGAAGAACCCCGACUGGCGCAAGCAGUUCGACAAGUACGGCGUGCGCGUCGACAACCGCGUCAUCGCCUCCUUCGAGCGUCUUCAGGACGGCAACGCCAACAAGGAUAACCACGGCCGCCAGUUCGACAUCUUCCGCAUCCACUUCGUCGACGGCUCCCACGAAGACCGCAACGCCUUCAUCACCAACUACCCCUCCGCCCAGCGCUCCGACCUCCCCGACCGUCUCGGCCUCGCCAUGAUCGACGGCAAGAUCGACGCCCAGUCGAACCCGGGAAUGCGCACCACCCUCCCGGGCGUCUUCGCCAUCGGCGACUGCAACAGCGAUGGUAGCACCAACGUCCCGCACGCCAUGUUCAGCGGCAAGCGCGCUGCCGUCUUCCUCCACGUCGAACUCGCCAAAGAAGAAGCCAACCACUCCAUCAGCAAGCGCAACCUGCCCUCCCGCCGCGUUAUGGAGAGAGAAGCCGAGCGCGCGAUGGGCAACGACCUCGACGAGGUGUGGAACAAGGCUCGUGGGCUGUAAUUUGCUUUCUUUGCUGGAAAAGAAGGUAAUAUCCCAUGAUGUAUGUGCAUGCUUGCGUGCUCUAGUUACAGCCUGAGACGGCCCACAUCACUUGUGGGACUCGGGCAUAGAUGCCUCGCUUGGGUGGGAACAAAAACGUCUUAUGAAAAGCUACUUUAAUUAAUUUAAUCAUAAUUGUUCCUGGACUAGAAGAGGCUGCUGUUUGUUG